GUGCAGCUGGAGGGGGCGGCCAUCAUGAACAACACCUUCUGCCUGGGCAUCUUCCUCGCGCUGGUCUACUUCAAGGGGCUGGCCUGGGAGUUCUCCGCGGAGACGGUCUCCAUCGUGAGUAUCCAGGUCGCGCUCGGUGUCCUCAUGUUGCUGCGCUCCCAGCAGAAGCUGCUGGAGGCCUUCGCCGUCCUCAGCCUCUACCCGCUGUCCCUCGGCCUCGUCUGGGUGCUGGAGAACAAGCUCGGGUGGGACUGA